GUUCUUUUGAUACCGAUCCCAAGGCAUUUACUCCGUGGUCUCUUUCUUGAUCUUUCAUUCUUUUUGACGUAGCAUUCUGCUGCAUUUUUGUUUUGCUUCUUGCUUUUCUCUCUAUCUCCAACCCUCCGGUUUGUCCGCACCGAUUGCUCAACAUGCCGGAAAUUGUUCGUCGCUCAUACACUUUUUGGUACUAUACCCCCUCACUGGCUGCGGCAGUCAUCUUCAUGAUUAUUUUCAUGGGAUUGACUGGGCUUCAUUCCCGGAAGAUGUUCGCAACUAGAACCUGGUUUUGUAUUGCGUUCACCCUUGGUGGCUUGUUUGAAAUCAUUGGCUAUAUCGGUCGCGCCAUCGCACAUAGUAACACGACCACUAUGGGGCCAUACAUACUGGCAAACAUCUUCAUUCUACUCGCUCCCACUCUAUUCGCCGCCUCGAUUUAUAUGACUCUGGGCCGUUUAAUUCGUCGCAUCGGGGCUGAACAUCUUUCGGUCAUCCGCGUCUCACGUCUGACAAAGACCUUUGUCUGGGGCGAUGUUUUGUCUUUCAUCGUCCAAGGCAAUUCCUCUUCUCUCUCGGUUUUGGGUUAUGCUCAAUGGGGAAAAGUGUGUGUCAUUGUUGGACUAGCGAUCCAGCUUAUCUCAUUCUCCAUUUUUUGGAUCUCAGCCAUUGUAUUUGAGAGGCGUAUCCGCCGCAAUCCUACUCCCGAAUCUCUCCAACCGGGAAUUCCAUGGAAGAAGACAUUAUACAUGCUUUAUGCUGUGAGUGCUUUGAUCAUGAUCCGCUCAAUUUUUCGCAUCAUUGAAUAUGUGCUUGGGAACAGUGGAUAUCCCUUGCAACACGAAUGGACGAUGUAUAUCUUGGAUUCUGUCCCGAUGGCGAUUGUCAUGAUCAUCUACCUGACGUGGUAUCCCAGUGGUAUAAAGGCCAAAACUGAUAUUGAGGCAAGUAUUCCCCUUGGACAUGUGUACUCGAAGGUCUGAUCGAGAUCAUUGGAGCUGAGGCUGUCUUCUAAUGCUGGAUUCCUUUCUUCCAAUUGCUUUUACUUCUUGGUACUCUUUCUUUUUUUUUUCUUUUUUGUUUUGAUAGAAACGAUAGCAUUGCAGGCGUUCUUGAGUUGGAGUGUUAUAUGCGUUUCAUGCAAUUGUC